CAGACCUUCGACUAGCGAACGACGCACUCGCGGAAGCCGCGUUUCUGGUUCAAAAAUAGACUCGAUCUCACGUGGUCAUCCUGAUCGGCUCUAAUUACCGCCUAAUCUUGUCUCACCUUGAAGGUAUACUUACACCGGCUACAAAUUUCCUCUGAAUCACGGUGCAGCUGUUUUUCUACACACCGUAUAAUGACACGCACAUAUAAUAUGUAUGAAUGUUGGCGAAUACGUAUGUGGAUAUCACUGCCGUUGAAAGCGUGACAUGAUUUUGCAGAGCCUUCCGUUCUUUGCCAAUUACUGGCAUUACCUUGUCAUCAGCUUAGUCUCUUUUCUUCUUUUCAACACUUUUGCUCGGUCAUCGAGGGUAGCGAAAACUGCCAGAAAGAUACUGGAGCAGGAUCAAGAUGAAUCGGAAUCCUUGAACGAUGAACAAGGAGCAGAUGAGAACGAUGGAGAACAUUCGGCUGAUGACAAUGACGACGAACCUGCUCUACCCAGGGACCUGGAACAUGUGCCUUACAUUUACACAAGGCCUUCCGAAGAGCAGCUAAUUCACAGGGCGCGGGAGUUUUAUCAGGUUGCUUCUGCUAGACGUACGAUUAGAUUCUUCAGUCCAGAUCCUGUACCAAAAGAAGUAAUUCGGGAAAUUGUUAAAUCCGCAGGUACUGCUCCCAGUGGAGCGCACACCGAGCCCUGGACUUUUGUGGCAGUAUCGGACCCUCGGACAAAGGCUGCAAUCAGGGAAAUUGUUGAGAAGGAGGAAGAAAUUAAUUAUAAAAAACGAAUGGGGAAAAAAUGGACAACCGAUUUACAGCCACUUCGAACCGAUUGGAUAAAGGAAUAUUUGACCAUCGCGCCGUACCUGAUUUUGGUUUUUAAACAAAUAUACAGCGUCGGGCCUGAUGGAAAGAGAAAGAUUCACUAUUAUAACGAAAUUAGUGUUUCUAUUGCGUGUGGCAUACUUCUCACAGCAAUACAGAGCACUGGAUUGGUAACACUAACAUCAACUCCAUUGAAUUGUGGACCGGCGCUUCGUAAGCUCUUGAAUCGUCCUGCAUCUGAGAAAUUGACCCUGCUACUUCCGGUUGGCUAUCCAGCCAGAGAUGCAACAGUGCCCAACCUUCGUCGGAAAUCGCUGUCAGAAAUUCUUGUUGAAAUAUGAAACUCCGCUAACGAACUUUGAGACAUUUUUAUACUGACCAAGUUACUACGUAACACUUAUCGCGUACUCUAACAUUCAAAAUGUAGCUGUAGUUUUCUUGUAAUUAUUUUGAAUAAAAUCGAACCAUGUAAUGCAAAA